AUAUGAACAGUCGUCAUGGUAACGAAAAGAAACGUAUUAUGGCUGCUGCCUACAGCAGGAAGAUCAUUUAAAACCUUUUUGUCAAACUAUGCCUCCUAAAAAGGGAAAGAAGGGGAAAGGCAAGAAGGGAAAAGGAAAGAAAAAUGGAGACAAGUUGAAAAGUGCUUCAUCUGAUAAACCUAAGACGCCAUUACCUUCAGAAAAAGAGGUUAUUUUGCAAUCUGAGUUGGAGAAAGUGAGCUUACAAUUAGAAGAAGCAAAAAACAGAGUUGUUGAUUUAAAAAAAGAAAAUGAAUGGUUGCAAAAUGAAGCACAAAAAAUUCGAAUUGAAAGUCAUGAGUAUAUGAGUUACAUGGAGAAGAAGACCAGUAAAAGACAAACCACUAUUAUAACCCUCAGUGAUCAUAACAGAGAAGAAAUUAAAAACAUCCAGAUACAGAAGCGGAAAAUGGAAGAGGACUUUGAUAAAAAGAAAAAAGCUCUUGAAAAUAUUCUCUUGGAAAAGCAACAUUUGUUAGAAAAAACUCAUCAAGAAUUAAAUGAUUUACAGGAAUAUAAGGAUCUACAAUCUGACCAGCAAAAUAAAAUUAAAGAGCUUGAGCAGGAGGUUAUGAAACUGAGGGCUCAUCACACGCAGUGUGUUCAAAAAAUGAAAUCUGACUUUUUAAAAGAGAAGAAAGAAUAUCUACAAGAUUCAGAAACAAGAGUUCAGUCUCUUGAGAAAAAAGCCAAUCAAGAGGCACUACAAUGUCUAACAGAACAUACCAGCAAAAUAAAAGUUGAAAACAGACAGCUUCGUCAAGAGCUGCUUCAGCUAAUCAAUACAAGCCGAGCCUUAAAUGAACACAAGGCAAUGUUGGAAGAGCAAAAACGACAGCUUUUAAGAGAACAGAGUUAUGCUAAUGAUUUAAAGAAACUAAGAGAAGCGAGACAGAAAAAAUCUUUUAAACCUUUAGAAGAUGAACCAGAAGAUGUUGAUAGCUAUUAAAUAGUCUGAUGUGGGCCAACAUUAGCAUGUACAUACUAGAGGUAGAAAUAUUUGUUUGAUGUAUAAAACUGUGCUAUUUCAUGUCAGAAAUAUGUUGAAUGUUUUUUCGUGGUUGAAAUAAAAUGUAUCUCAAUCAUCA